UGAAGAGGGCUGGUAUAUUUGUGCCUGCUGGAGGUGGAAUUAACAGUAAGCAGGAGAAAGGAAGGGAUUGAAUGGAUUUACAGGAAAGAUUUCAAGUGAAUUCAGGGAAACACAUUUACAUGAGUAGUACAACCUUGAGUCUUAUUUUACACUAAGACGAUACAAAAGAUGGUAAAGUUAUCACCAAGCUGCCGGACAAAUAUAGAUUCCAACACCAAGGUGCAGAUCAGCAUAGAUCUGUGAUUCAGAAAUCAGCAUUUGUCUUUGUAAAGAGCGCAAGAGUUGAGAAGAACUCAAGAGCAAGUGAAGACAACUUGGGAGCUACAGCUUAUCAGAAGAUCAGCUUUCAUUAAUUCAAAUACCAAAGGCUUGAUUAUCAUAAAUUCAUAUAGGAAUGCAUAGGUCAUCUGAUCAAAUAAUAUCAGUCGUCUUCUGCUACAUCAGUGCAGGAAAAGUUCUUAACAACUGUGGAUAAUUGGAAGUCUUGAGUUUCAGCUUUCUUAGAAAUAAUUACUCUUGACACAUUCCAAAAUAUUUAAAAUAGGAAAAGAAAAUCAGGGAGGAUGUUGUGUUCAGAAACGUCACUGUCAUGAAGAAUAGGUAAAUCUGUUUUUAGAGCUACUGGGAAAGUGUGCCUCCUAGGAACUUGAGAUAUUUUUAAAAGUGGACAAGAAAGACUAAAAAUAUCAACCUCUGCUUGUGGACAAAAAUGCCUCUGACUGUAUUUUUGCUUAGGGGUAUUGUGGGUUUCCUCUGGAGCUGCUGGGUUCUAGUGGGUUAUGCAAAAGGAGGUUUGGGAGACAAUCAUGUUCACUCCAGUUUUAUUUAUAGAAGACUACGGAACCACGAAAGACGGGAAAUCCAGAGGGAAAUUCUCUCUAUCUUGGGUUUGCCUCACAGACCCAGGCCAUUUUCACCUGGAAAGCAAGCAUCCUCCGCACCUCUCUUCAUGCUGAACCUGUACAAUGCCAUGGCCAACGAAGAAAACACCGGAGAGGCGGAAUACUCAAUGAGGGCAUCCCUGGCAGGAGAGGCCAGAGGGGCAAGGAGAGGGUACCCAGCCUCUCCCAAUGGGUAUCCGCGCCGCACACAGCUCUCCCGAACGACGCCUCUGACCACUCAAAGUCCUCCUCUGGCCAGCCUCCAGGAUACCAACUUUCUGAACGAUGCUGACAUGGUCAUGAGCUUUGUCAACCUAGUUGAAAGAGACAGGGAUUUCUCUCACCAUAGAAGACAUUACAAAGAAUUUAGGUUUGAUCUGACUCAAAUUCCUCAUGGAGAAGCAGUGACAGCAGCUGAAUUCAGGAUAUACAAAGACAAGAGCAACAAUCGAUUUGAAAAUGAAACAAUUAAGAUUAGCAUAUAUCAGAUCAUCAAGGAAUACAUGAACAGGGAUGCAGAUUUGUUCCUGUUAGAUACAAGAAAGGCCCAAGCUUUAGAUGUGGGUUGGCUUGUCUUUGAUAUCACUGUGACCAGCAAUCACUGGGUGAUUGAUCCACAGAACAAUUUGGGCUUACAGCUCUGUGCAGAGACGGGGGAUGGACGCAGUAUCAAUGUAAAAUCUGCUGGUCUUGUAGGAAGACAUGGGCCUCAGUCUAAACAGCCAUUCAUGGUGGCCUUCUUCAAGGCGAGUGAGGUACUCCUUCGAUCUGUGAGAGCAGCCAACAAACGGAAAAAUCAAAACCGCAAUAAAUCCAGCUCUCAUCAGGACUCCUCUAAGAUGUCCAGUGCUGGAGAUUAUAAUACAAGUGAACAAAAACAAGCCUGCAAAAAGCAUGAACUCUAUGUAAGUUUCCGGGAUCUGGGAUGGCAGGACUGGAUUAUAGCACCAGAAGGAUAUGCUGCAUUUUAUUGUGAUGGAGAAUGUUCUUUUCCACUUAAUGCCCAUAUGAAUGCCACCAACCAUGCCAUUGUUCAGACUCUGGUUCAUCUGAUGUUUCCAGACCAUGUACCAAAGCCUUGCUGUGCUCCAACCAAAUUAAAUGCCAUCUCCGUUCUGUACUUUGAUGACAGCUCCAAUGUUAUUUUGAAAAAAUAUAGAAAUAUGGUCGUGCGCUCAUGUGGUUGCCAUUGAUAUUAAACAAUUGUGGUAAUAACAAAAAGAUUUGUAUUAAGGUUUAUGACUGCAAUAAAGAGCAGACAAAAGAGGAAUUUCCUAAA